AUGCUGACAUUGCCGCCCCUUAUUUUCUAUCAUACUCAGCUCGUGCACCCACAUCAACAACCGCAACAGCAACAGCAACAACAACAACCACAACCACAUCCACAAGAUGCCAUCAAGAAACAUUACAAGCAUUUGGCUAUCGCGUAUAAGCAUCAAGAUAUUUCCAAAAAAGUGUUUAUGGAGCAUCUGACCAUUAUCUUUGGUAACAACGCGGAGAAGUACUUCAAUAUGAUCCACAAUGACGAAGAUAUUCUGAACUCUCCCAGGCCUCCACCAGGAUUCACCCAGACCUUGCUCGAGUCGACUCCCAAGAUUCGCGGUCUUGUCGAACAAAUUCUUUACCAACAGCAACAACAAAAACAACAACAACAACCACAACCCAAGGGCCAACAACAACAACAACAACAACCUAAGAAACUUCAGAUGACUCAACAUAAUGUUGAACAACAACAGCAUCAUCAGGACCAUUAUCAAACCGAGGCCUUUCGUUCACUAGCUAUUCAGAGAAAUCGACAUCAACAGCAACAUACACUCUUGAAAUCAAUCAAAUCUCCGAUCACAAACUUCAUUUUCAGUAGUGACACCUUUGAUAGACAAUAUUUUAAGGACGACCCUAAAUGUUGUCAUAAAUGGUUCAAAGAUCUUGCUGAUGUCCUGGAGCAUUUCCCUCAUCAACAGACUGCCCCAUCACCUGGCUUCUAUCACUGUACCAUCUCUAAACGACAAUUCUCAGAUUUGAACACUUGUCAGCAUCCCACGCCAAGGACAAAUACUAUGACAGGGUGCUCACUCACAAAGAUGCUCCCCCAGUGA